AGACUACUUGAGGGGGGGAACGUUAUUUUCUGCUUUACGAAAUUGUGAAUACCAAUUUCAUUGCGUGUCGCGCCCUCCCGCCCUUGGGGUGCAGUACUACGAUGCCGCUGGGGUAACUCCAACCCCUAGAACUGAGCCUCUACUUCAAUCAAUCCUCUUUGUGAUAGAGGCUCACUAUAGCUGUUGACAAACUUCAGGCGUAUCCUCCACUCAAUCGUCAAUACUCCACAUAAACAAAUAUGGCCGGAACGUCAAAUUGGUUAUAAACAUAACAGAAAUUCGUCAUGAUUUUGCAUGGAUGCGAGUGGAUAAAACAUCAAUCACUCACUGAGGGGUCCUGCUCCAAUACUUGCAGCUGAUUCAGAAAAAAAGUGCCAAAUCAUGGCAGAUGAUCCGAAUAGAGAUAUUGUACCUGUUAAAGAAGGAUCUUGCAUAGAGACUUGUCGCAGUACUUGGGGAUUGAUGGCGAAUCCGCGAGAGCGACAUGCAGUCUGUAAACUUGAUCGUUAUGAAUUAGAAGAUAGAUAUUUACGUCUGCUCGACGAGGCCCAAGCCCUGAAGAAGUUAUCAAAUGCCCAAGAGGACAAGCUGAAAUGUUUAACAACACGAUUAAUGAGAAUUUCUGCAUCAUCGCGUCCAUGUAUCGCAGCAGCUCUGACCAUUGACAGCGAUAGAAUGAGAAUUGAAGAACUGGAACGCGAGAAUUCAAAGCUGAAGGACAGAAUAAUUGUAUUGAAAACUCAAAUUGUCAGUCAUAAAGGCUUGAAGAGAUCACCACCCCGAAGAUGUGUUCAUUGCAACUUGUCAAGACCCACGACAUGUCGCAGUGAAGGCGCGCGUACGAAAAUAUCCACUAGCACGAAUUAUGGAGGCGGAAAAAAUGAUUUUCAACAUCAAAAUGACGUGCGCAUUGACAAGUUGCAUCAGCAGAGGCAGGAGAUGAUAUCGAGAAUAUCAAAGUUGGAGGAUCAACUCAUGAAUUGUCAAACUGAACUUCAGAAGACGAAAGUCAAUGAGAAUAUCGAAUACAUCCGAAUGUUGAGACAGAUAAAACAGCAGGAGGAGCAGUUGGCCUCCAAGCACUCUAUAAAUACAUCUUUAGAUGAGGAAGUUCGGAUUUUGAAACAACAACUUGAUGAAAUAUCCAGUAAAAAUGGAAAAAUCUCAGCUGCUCUUCAAGCCGAAAAAAAUCGAAUGACGGAAUUCGACGAGACAUUAUCAAAAAGCAUGAGUUCUCAGUUGGCUCUGCGUGAGAAAGACGAGCAAAUAAAUGAUCUGAUGAAUGAAAUAAAAAUCCUCCAGCAGAAUAAUAAUGAAUUGAUAUCUCUCAGUACGAAAAAUAGUGAAGUCGAACUGGAGAACAUGGAGUUGAGAAAGAAAAUCUCGGAGCAGCAGGUGGAUAAUCACAAUUUGAGGAGUGCUUUUAAAAACGAGCAGACGAAUAUCACAGCUCUUCAAGCUGUCAACACCCAACUCUCGAGAAAAUUGCAUGAACUGCAGAAAGAAAUGGACACUAUGACCAUUCAAUUGAAAUCAUUUCAAAAUAAAACCGAAAAGCCAGAGAAAUCCGACGAGCGAAAACUAGUGCCAAAAUUCGAUAAAACCACCAUCACCAGUCCAAGAAAUCGUCGAGGAUCUCCCGAUGAAAGUAAUUAUUCCACAAAAAAUCAUGAGAAAAAAGUAGAGACAGCUGUGCAAACGGAGAGCACAGAAAUCCCAGCUGAAAAAUUUUGUUCAACAGAGCGACUCAAUGCCCAAGAAGAAGUUAAAAAAUCUCCUUUAAAAAAUCAGGAAGAACAAGUGGAAACAAUGGUUGGUGCUAAUCUAUCGAGAGAUGAAAUUCUCAAGCUCCUGGAUCAGGCGCAGAUAAAUGUACCUUUAGAGAGCCACAAUGCUGCCAAAAUGCGUCAAUUCGAGACAUUCAGUCCUGUGCACAGACAAAGGCAAGUAGUCGCACUAGAGACACUUUUAUUCGGCGACAGUGGUUACUCUUGAUCCCAAAUGUACGUCCCGCUAGUUUAAUUGAAUUUGUAUUACUAUAUAAUAAUGUUCUCAUUCUCAUAAUUCGAAGCUAUUUCUACA